CCACCCUCGGAAAUUGAGAUGGAAUUCAAAUGAGGAUCAGAUGACAACGAUGCUGGAGAGACGCGAGCCGCCAAGUCCAAGCACCCCGCAAUGAUGGAGACAAAAAUCCGCAGCGAUAAAAAUAGAGGCACACCAGCGACAGACAGAAUGCCAAUUGAAGCAGCAGCAGAUCCCAAGCCACAGCGAAAAAACGCGGCAGCAGCACCGGCAUCGGCGGCACCAAACACGGCCACACCCACUGCAGGAAACGCCAGCCGCGGCAACAGCCGCGAAAGGGAGCCGCCGCCCGACAAGCAACGAGGCAAGCCAGGCCACAGAGAAGGAGAGCGGGGCCCGGCAGUCGCAAAAAACAAGGCCGCAGGAACCGCAACGAAGGAAGCAGCAGCAGGGACACAGCGACGGCAACGGACGAAAACGCCACGGCGGCAACACCAAAGGCCACAGCGAAACACAGCGACAACAAGCAAUGGGGACGAUCCGGGCCACCCCAACAGACGGCACGCAGCACACAGCGGCAGCAGCCCAAAAGGACCACACAAGCCGCAACGAACAGCAGCCGCGGAAAACACACCGCGCAGCACACACCAGCCGACAAAGGUGGGCAUUUGUACUGUGUGGCUGUCAACCUCUCCUCCCUUUCCAGAUGCUGACAUGCACUCACAAACUGGACACAUCAUACUGGAAUGUAAUGAAGGCUCCAUCACUAUGUUCUACUGUGUAUUGGGCUACAUUGGCUUUCUCGCUAUUGUUAGGUCCAAACCCAACACGUGAGCCGUCUCUGUCUCCUCAGCUCACAUCCACCCGGGAAGGGUGCGGAGUUGAGUGCAAAUCCCACUAUCAGAGGUCA